UGCAUUUUCAACAUAUGUAGGUUGUCAUUUUUUGUCUGCCGGAAUAAUGUAAACAUCGCCGGUAUUUUAUGCCGAUAAAUAAGUUUAUAUGGUAGAAAUUCGUUGUGCUGUUCAAAGAAAAUGCGAAAGUACCAACAGUUGCUGCUAGUAAUAAUCUCUAUUACGAGCGUGGCAAUCCUGUUGAUGUACAAAAGUGAAAAUAAUCGCUUGCGAUAUGUCCUCGAAGUUGUCAACUUUUUCGGGCGGAGCGAUGCUGCAGUACUCGACCGAUUAGAAAACAACACGAAAGCCGAUUAUGGUUACGACUUUUCCAGUCCUCUUCCCGUUUGGCAAUACAUUGGGGAUAAUUUUCACACCUACUCAUCAUUUUGGGAAAAGAAAGAGCUAACACCUGGCGGCACAGCAAUUUCUAUUGUGGUCGGCGCAAGAGGGGCCCUUGUUAAUUUCAAGUGUGGAAUACGUUACAAGGAGGGCAAAGUAAUCAGCGGGAAAUUCGCCUUUGUUAUUGUUGACACUCCCAGGCCACAGAAUGAACAGUACCCAGACCAAUUUACUGUGUAUAAAUUUCUCUGUAAAAUCACUCGGGAUUUCGGAGUGGCAGAGAAUGUUAUCCUCAUCAGCACGAAAACCAAAGCAGAAUAUGAAUUAUCUCUGCGACAUAUUAAAAACAAGGAAAUCAAGGAACGGGCCGAAAUGAAUGUUUGUGUAAAUAUGGUGGCGUACAAUUCAUCAAACACCGCUGCGUUGUCCGAGUUCUCAACCAAGACUAAUGUUAUGCAGUUUUUCCUGUUCCAUCAAACGAUUGGAGUUGACAAUUUCCUCGUAUACAACGCCGAUGCGCUGUCAGGCCAUACACGAAAACUUCUCAGUCAGGCCGGCAUCCACAUUAACUACUUCCCAUAUAACUUCCCGUUCGAUUAUCGGUCGCCAGCAACAAGGACUAUCCUAGAACUCGACUGUACAAUGCGUUCCAUGAACACAGCGCAAACGGCGACACUUCUGGAAAUCAAUGAAUUUUUCUUCACCGGCGAGAAUCUCCGAAGUCCGGACUCCAUGUUGACUGGGCUCAAACAUUACGACAGCGACGUGAACCGCUUCGAACUUACUACGUAUUCAGUAUGCAUGGACGCACGAUUUAAACUGCUUUUAGACAGCAAGUUCUACGAUCCUGAGCGGACACCGGGUCACAAAAUAUACAUUUAUAAACUUCAUAUGCUUGCGGAACACAUAAAAAUAAUGCCGCUGGCUAUAUCCCAUGCCUUCGUCCAUGUAUACACGAAUUGUGUUGGUAGCAAAGAUCUGUUGCACGAGUGGCGGGGCAGCAUUCGUAGCGACUUUUUGCAAUACAUAGAGGACGUACGAAAAGAGAUUGGCUUUAUGUUCUAGAUACUAGGCUUAGAAAAUAUGGAUAUUGAGGAAAUCACUCAUUUUGGCAUUUAGAGACUGUUUUAUAUACUUUUAGUAUAGGAAAAUAAAAACAGAUACUGUUAA